UUCAAAAGCUUGUCAGAAGCGGGCUAGGUGUUCGUGCAGGUGGUUGUGUCAGUUUUUUUAAUUGGUGCUUUGUUUGGACGACCGACGGAUUUUACGAAACAGGAGACCAACUAAACUGCACCGGUCGGAGUUAGAAAGUUUCAAAAAUGAAUGAGUACGUGUGGGCUCGGGACCCCACCGAGGGUUACGUCCUGGGUCGUAUAGCAGAAUUGACCGAAGAAGGUGCCGAAGUCGUUCCCUUAAAUAACAAAUACCCAAAGAGGAUUUUACCGUUCUCUGAAAUCUAUCGGGCGCAGGACGACGAGAAGAAAGACUACGAUGACAACUGUGAAAUGAUGUUUUUGAACGAAGGUACCCUUCUCAACAACAUUCGUACAAGAUACUACAAGAACCAAAUCUAUUCCUACGUAGCUAACAUUUUGAUUGCGGUCAAUCCGUACAAAGAAAUCCCCCAGCUGUAUUCCCCGGAGACAGUGAAAAGCUACCAGGGCAAAUCGCUUGGAGAAAAACCACCCCACGUAUUCGCCAUAGCCGACAAAGCCUUCAGGGACAUGAAAGUCCUGAAACAAUCCCAAUCUAUAAUUGUAUCGGGUGAAUCAGGUGCCGGCAAAACCGAGUCCACGAAGCACCUGCUGAAGUACUUGUGCGAUUCCUGGGGCGCCGAAGCUGGUGCCCUGCAACAGAAGAUCCUGGACGCCAACCCCGUGCUCGAGGCCUUCGGUAACGCUAAAACUACCAGGAACAACAACAGCUCCAGAUUCGGGAAGUUCAUCGAGGUGCACUUCAACAAGAAAUUCCAGGUGGCUGGCGGAUACAUUUCCCAUUAUCUUCUGGAGAAGUCGCGCGUCGUUUCCGUCCAGGAACAAGAGAGGAGCUAUCACAUUUUUUACAUGUUGAUGGCCGGCGCCCCGGAAAACGUCAGGACUAAGUUGCAGCUCACCAAACCGGACGACUUCAACUAUUUAAAGCAAGGUUGCACAAGGUACUUCACGAAACCGUCGACGGAAAAAUUGCUCUCCCCUGGACAGAAAAGCAAGGAACACACGAGCGAAGGACCGCUAAAAGACAUCAUCUUGGACGACGUUGAAGACUUCAAGAACUUAGACGAAGCACUCGCUCGCAUCGGACUGACGGACGCAGAGAGACUGGAAGUUUAUUCGACGGUUGCUGCCGUUCUCCAUCUCGGCAACGUUGAGUUCGAAGACGAUCCCGAUGACACUAGGGGUGGCUGCAGGUUGGCCGCCAGCAAGGAAAAGUCUUUGGUACUCUCCGCUCAGCUUUUAGGCAUCGACCCUGAAGAUCUUAAGCAGGCCCUUGUUUCCAGGGUGAUGCAGAGCAGCCGAGGAGGAGUUAAAGGAACUGUUAUCAUGGUUCCGUUGAAACUGUAUGAAGCUUGUGCAGCUCGUGAUGCCCUCGCCAAAGCCAUUUACAGCAACAUAUUCGACUACAUAGUAAAUCGUGUGAACCAAAGUAUCCCGUUCCAAGCAUCCAAUUAUUACAUCGGUAUUUUGGAUAUAGCCGGUUUUGAAUUCUUCACCGUUAACAGCUUCGAACAGUUUUGCAUUAAUUACUGUAACGAGAAGCUACAGCAGUUCUUCAAUCAAAGAAUCCUGAAGUACGAACAAGAAUUGUACAAGAAGGAAGGACUGAGCGUACCCGAAAUUAAUUUCGUUGACAAUCAAGACUGCAUAGAUUUAAUUGAGACUAAAAAUAAGGGUAUUUUGCAAAUGUUGGAUGAAGAAUCCAAGUUGCCCAAAUCAUCUUACACGCAUUUCACUUCGGAAGUGCACAAAGCCUGGCCAAAUCAAUUUAGACUUGCGCUACCUCGAUCUUCCAAAUUGAAGAUUCAUAGAACUAUUAGGGAUGAUGAAGGUUUCUUGAUCAGGCAUUUCGCCGGAGCUGUCUGCUAUCAAACGAAACAUUUUAUUGAGAAGAACAACGACGCACUUCACGCGUCUCUUGAAAGCAUCAUCCAGGAGAGUAAGAACCAAUUCAUCCAAACACUAUUCGCCAACUCCAGUACUCUUAAAGGCAAACUGACUUUUAUCAGUGUAGGAAAUAAAUUCAAGACUCAGUUAGGAGAACUUAUGGAAAAACUACAAAGCAACGGUACGAAUUUCAUUCGUUGCGUGAAGCCGAACAGUAAAAUGGUGGACCAACAAUUUGACGGUGGAUUAAGUUUAAUGCAAUUGAAGUGUUCCGGAAUGACUUCAGUACUGGAACUCAUGGAAUAUGGUUACCCAAGUCGUACACCAUUCGCCGACUUAUACAACAUGUACGCUGAAUUUUUGCCGAAGGAAUUGAAGCAGUUGCCACCUAAAACUUUCUGUGAAGCCAUGCUUCAUAGUUUGAAAUUGCAAGAAAAAGACUACAAGUUCGGCAUAACCAGGGUGUUCUUUAGGCCAGGAAAGUUUGCUGAAUUCGACAAAAUCAUGAAAUCGGAUCCCGAGAACUUGAAAUCCAUUAUUGGAGCUGUUAAGAAAUGGCUUGUGAAGUCUAGGUGGGCCAAAGCCCAAUUCUGUGCAUUAGCUGUAAUCAAAAUAAAGAACGUGAUGGCUCAUAAAUACAGAUCAUUGGUGUUGCUCCAGAAAAAUAUCAGAGGAUAUUUAGUGAAAAAGCAACACGCACCAAGGAUUAAAACUUAUCGUCUCAUCGGAAAUUUGGACGAAAAUGUAAAGAAAAUUGAAAACAUAGCUACCCAAUUGAAAAAGAAAGACGGCACAAAUGAUGAUAUUAAUAAACUAAAAAGCGAAAUUCAAACAGCUAGGGCUCAAAUCAAAAAAGACGAAAAGAUUAAACCGGCUGCUGUUGAGGCCCUCUACAAAGGACUGGUUGCGAAAGUGGAUAAGCAAAUGUCAGACUUGCAAAAGAAACUGUUGGAACAAAAGAACGCCGAAGAGCAAGCCAGAUUGAAGAAGAUCCAAGAGGAAUUGGAAAAGGAGAAGAAACGCAAGGAAGAGGAGGAAGCUCGUCUAAGAGAAGAAGAGGAGAACAGGAGAAAGAAGGCCGAGAUAGAGGCUAAGAGAAAGAAAGAAGAAGAGGAACGCAAGAGACAAGAGGAGCAGGAUAAGAAAUUGGCAGCUGAACUACAGGCACAACACCUACGAGAGGAAGAGGAACAAAGAAGAUACCAAGAACAGUUGGAUCAAGAAAGGCAGGACCACGAAUUGGCGCUCAGGUUGGCACAGGAAAGCAACGGGCAGGUAGAGGACAGUCCACCGGUAGCACGCAAUGGAGUGAAUGGAGUGGAAUCGUCCAGGCAGUUCUUCAAGCUUAACAGAACUGUAAAUCAACAAAACAAAGGAAAAUACGACUUAUCCAAGUGGAAAUAUUCGGAACUGAGAGAUACAAUAAAUACGUCUUGCGACAUAGAACUUUUGGAGGCUUGUCGUCAUGAGUUCCAUCGCCGUCUGAAGGUAUAUCACGCUUGGAAAGCGAAGAACCGCAAACGUACCACCAUGGACGAUAAUGAGAGGGCUCCCCGAUCAGUGAUAGAAUCAGCAGCGAAGACCCCACGCAUGCCAGUAAAGCAAGUCUUGGAUCACAGCAGUCAACGGUACUUCCGCAUUCCAUUCCAGAAGCCUGGAGUCGAAAGCAGCAGCAAAGGUUGGUGGUAUGCGCAUUUCGACGGCCAGUAUGUAGCCCGACAAAUGGAGCUUCAUCCGGAAAGAGCUCCCAUACUUUUGGUCGCCGGAACGGAUGAUAUGCAAAUGUGCGAACUCUCUUUGGAAGAAACCGGAUUGACCAGAAAACGUGGUGCGGAGAUUUUAGAGAAUGAGUUUAACAAAGAAUGGGAGAGGAACGGUGGCAAGCAGUACAUCAGACCGGCUGACAGAAAGAAAUAAUCAGUUUUUAUUUAUUAGUUUAUUUUUCUUUAUAUGUGUUAUGGGGGCUUUUGUUUUAAACUUGCAAUUUUUAGCUUUACAGUAUUAUCAUUUAAAAGUUUUACAUAGGCAUUUGUUGUAUGUAUUAUUGAUUUUGAGUUUAUUAAAUUAUUUAUGAUGUCGCA